AUGGAAGCUUCCUCAGAGUCAUCUUCUGAUGAGCCUUCUGUUCCCAGGAGGCAACAAGUUUCCAGUGGGCAGCAAGUUUCUGGUGCUAUGGAGCUGGAUGUUUCAGCAGCCACUAUGUCAACACUUGGGCUGAAAAGACCUUGGAGAAGGGGGAGCUCUGAAGACUUAGAGACUCAGAGCUGGAGGAAUUCCACAAGGUCCUCAGAGCCUCAUUCCUUGUCAAUGAUACAGGGGAAGCAGUGGCAUUUCAGCUUCCUGCAGUGCUUGAGGCAAUUGAAGUUGAUGCCUCCACCCAUGUGGAAGCGCAUGCAUGAGGAGCCCACCCUUGGGAAGUAUGACUACAUCGCCAUAAACUCUACAUCAUCCAGCCCCUGCAUGAAGGGGAAAUCUCUACUGGUGCCCUCCAGUGUCCUGAGGGUGGUUUUGGGGGCCAAGUGGAUUGUUUUGAGCAAUGGGGAUUCAGAGCUCUUCAACAGGCCAGAUGCCCCUGAAGAUUUGUUCCAUUUGGCCUAUGAGGGUGAUCCAUCAAUGCAGUUAAUAUUGCUAACACCUGGGAUUUCUCUACGAGAAUCCCAGGAGGCACACGAAGAGCGUCUAAAGGGUAUUGAUGACCCUCAGGUGCGAGAGAUUGUCAAGGCGGCCAAGAAGGAAGCAGACCUUAAUAUUUUUAAUGCAAUGAAAAACACAAUCAAACUCAAUAUGAAGUAUGCCAAUGUGGCACGGCAUAAUGACAAGGCUAAUGCACCUGCAAAAAGCCAGACACACCCAAGGCAUCUUGAUUUCCCUCCACUCACCAAGGAUCAAACCCAGAUCCUACUCGACAGUGAGGAUGGCACAGCUAUCGAGGAUUGGUUAGGGAACCUGCUGGCCAUAUGGCUCCCAAGGGUUUUUAACCCAAUCCAUAAGGAUAUCUUGAAUGCUGGUCAUGAUUUCAAUCAAAACUUUAAAUUUGACAAUAAGAAAUCCAGAACAGCUUUCAAAGAUACAGCAUCAAAUCUCUUCAAGAAGAACAGUGCAGCUUAUCAUGCCUAUUGGCACCUCCAGGGUCACUUGGAGAACCCUCCUGCAAUCUCCACAGAUUCCACCCAGAAAGAGCCUCUAUAUCAUGUCCUCAACAUGUACACUGAGAGGCUUGCACUGUCGUUGGCAAGACAGUGUGAUGCUGUAUGGGAGCACAUCAGAGAGCAUUUGGAUUGGAGGGAUUGGAGAUCCACCUGGUGUGGUUUCGAUGCAAUAGCCAUCUUUGGGGAAUACGAGGGAGGGGAGCUUUCCUUCCUGGAGUUGGGCUACGCUUUCCCAACCUGUCCUGGGGAUCUCUUCUUUAUCCGGGGUGCAGGAUUGGAGCAUGAGGCUCCUGGCUGGAGUGGUCAAGGGUGGAUGGUGUUUGCAUUUUUUGCUGACAGACAUGUUUUUGCAUAUGUGAAAGUUGAAAGACCCAGGGACCUUGGCCCCCUCUAUGGGAUGGCUCAGGGAAUGUUCUGCAAGAAGCAUCCUUGCCAUGAUGGGUAA